AUGUGGGAAGGAAUUUUCCCGGACAUUCUGAAUCGCCACACCAGGAUUCAUACGCAGCAGCAACCAGAGAUUGCAACAAGUCGCACCCAGAGGAGCGCCGCCUGUCUGCAAUGCGCUACUAGCCGGGUCCGUUGCACAAGAGGAGAUCCCUGCGCUCGCUGCGAAUCCAAAGGCCUAUCCUGUGAGCACCGAGUCCUGUCAGCGAGAAGACGGAGAGUGGGCAGCGGGGAGGAUAGGGUGGCAGAGAGAGACGCGCAUGUUUCGCGAACUGAGCAGGCACCCACCACAUCGCCCGAGCCAGGGGCCGUACUAGGCGAAGGUGUAGAUUGGCAGGGCCUGCGUGAUGCCUAUAGUGGUAAUGCUCUCGACUUGGAAAUGACAUACGGCCUCGGCAUGUAUGAGGUCGAUCCGACCAAUGAAUUUGCUCCCCGGCCUUUGUCUGCAAUUAAUUGGCUUUCACCGGACGAUAGGAACAUCCAGGAAUGGGCAAGUCAACUAGCUGGCAUCCCGGAUGGCGGUGUCUUUCCGACGUCGACGACCGUCGCCAUGCCAGCCGUCCCAAGUCUACCCCAGCUCCUCGGGACAGAGCCUACCUUGGGAUGGGCCCCUGCUAGUCAGUCAUCUACCGAUAAUGCGCAGAUAGAGACCCUAGCUGCGAUGACCAGUUGCCCCGAGGGUACAGAGAGACAGUCGUCGGAAACAUUGAUGGAUGGGGCAUCAUCGCGGAGCUCUCAAAGCACAGACGGGACCGCAUCGUCAUUGAGCCAAUGGUUAGCGGAAGAUGUCUACGACGAUAUUGUCUCAGGCGUCGAAGAGGAGACACAGGCAUCCUCAUCUCUUCCUUCGCUGCCGGCCUUUCGGCUCUGUGUGCAUCUUUACUUUGAGCGCCUGCACCCAAACUUACCUUUCCUGAGUAGAGCCUCCUUCAUAUCCGAGAAGCCACAUUGGAUACUUGCGCUGGCAGUGGCCGGGGUGGGAGCUGCGUAUUUGCGCUUUUCGCAAGGCUCACAAUGGAAAGACAUUCUGAUGCAAGCGCUGGAAGGCAUACUAUUGCGUCGACUGCAUCAAUUCAGACAUAAAGUAGAUCCCAAGCUACCUACAACCAGCACUUUCGAAACGGCGAACGAAGCCGAGGAACUCCUGCCCCUGAUCCAGGCCAAGGUUUUGCAUUUAUUGUGUAUGCUUCAUAGCUACACAUCAUACAUUACCCAGCGUGCAGUAUUUGACCGGGCGGAAUUAGUGCAGUGGUGCUCGUCUCUAAACCUAGUCCCGGACUCGGUGGGUAUCUUUGGAUUAAGUACCAGCGGCAAGGACAUCCAACAGUGGAAAAAGGUACAAUCCUCGCUGAGAACCGGAAUGAUGAUAUGGCUUUUGGAUUCUAUGGUGUCCUACGAGUUAAAUUGCAACCACCUCAUGAAGCUAGGAGACGCAAGGGGAUGGCUGCCCUGCCAUGAGAUGGCCUGGGAGAAUCCGUCCGCUGAAAAUAUUGCCUAUGCUGAAAGCGUUUCCAUCUCUCUUCUAGAUGCACUUGAUUUGAUUUAUAUCGAAAAACGAUUUCCCCGCAAGCUCAGCCAGUUCAGCCAGGUUCUGCUUAUCCACGCCAUCUACCGACGAACCACAGAGGUCGCCGAUCAGAGUCGCAUACAAUUGUCGUCAUGGAGUCCCACAGACAGCGCGCAGAUUUCCAGUCCGCGCCCAGCCUCUACUCAAGUCAUGUGGCCUCCAUCAAGCAGCAUCCUCGUGAAGUGGCGCAACGCGGCCUGUGACUCGCUGGAUGUCCUGCACUGUGCGGCGAAUAGCCGUGCUGCUGAAUCAUGCUGGGAAGAACCCACUAUCUUGUAUCUGCAUCUUGCUAGACUCCUCAUCCUGUCUCCUUUCAUGCACUUCCAAACACUGGCACAAGACCCGUUACUGCGAACUCGCAACGGACCCUCGGUAAAUGUGUCCCACCUGGAGAGAUUUGAGAAUGCCCGCAGUCAGGUCUUUCAAUGGGCGAUUCGCGAUCAGUUCAAAGCCCGGCUGUCUGUCGUCCACGCCGGGGCCUUACUAUGGCAUGUUCGACGCUUCAGCACCGACAAUGUUGUUGAGCCAUUCGCUGUCUAUAUCGCGACCCUCCUUCUUUGGGCAUACAGUCUUUCCGUAAAAACCGUCAGAGCUCAAGGAAGUACGACUCACCAAAACGCAAGCUGCAGCCAUCCACCUUCUCAUGACCAAAUUCCCGGUGAUGCCUCACUGGUAGACGAAGAUAACAUAGCAACCGACCAAUCCGAUGCAGAGCCGCGUUUUAUUUAUCUCGACCGGCCCUUAGACGAUGAACUUGUGCAGAUGUACAUCCGUGUCGGGAACAAGGUGUCCGCCCAACUCAAAGGGGUUGGAGAUAUUAGUAGUGACACUGCGCCAGUGAAAAUCCUCAAACAGGGAUAUUAUCUGCUCACAGGAGAGAGGUACGUGGGACAGAAUAGCUCAAGCACCACGGCGGGGGAGGUAAUCUUCCGCCCGUGGAACAUACAGCAAUUGUACGCGGCAACAAUACGGUGGUUGGUUGAAGCGAGUUAA